UCUUUGUGCUGUCCAAUACAUGCUUAACCAAACCCACUUGAAUACUUGGAUUCAUUAACCAAAUUCUAACUCAAACCCACCACUAUUUUAGGGAAAAAUUUACCAAUCAAGGUUUUUUAGUGAAUUUUGAGGAAGAAAAAUGAGUUUUUCAUCCAGAACAGUGAGGAAACUCCAGGUGGUGACGCCUGUACCUGCUGACAUUGACAUUGCUAACUCUGUUGAGCCACUUCACAUCUCUGAGAUUGCUCAGGAACUCAAUCUUGAUCCUAGCCAUUAUGAUCUUUAUGGCAAGUACAAAGCCAAGGUUUUGUUAUCUGUGCUUGAUGAGCUUCAAGGAUCUAGAGAUGGUUACUAUGUGGUGGUCGGAGGGAUCACUCCAACUCCUUUUGGAGAGGGAAAGUCUACUACAACUGUUGGGCUGUGCCAAGCUUUGGGUGCUUUUCUUGAUAAAAAGGUUGUUACCUGUGUUCGUCAACCAUCACAAGGACCGACCUUUGGAAUCAAAGGGGGUGCAGCAGGUGGAGGUUACAGCCAAGUUAUCCCAAUGGAUGAGUUCAAUCUUCAUUUAACAGGAGACAUUCAUGCUAUAACAGCUGCAAACAACCUUCUUGCUGCUGCCAUCGACACCAGGAUAUUCCAUGAGUCAACACAAUCAGAUAAGGCUCUCAUGAACCGGUUGUGCCCACCAAACAAAGAAGGGAAGCGUAGCUUUAGUGAGAUAAUGUUUCGACGACUGAAGAAGCUUGGUAUCUCCAAGACCAAGCCUGAGGAUCUUACACCACAAGAAGUUAAAAAAUUUGCUAGGCUUGAUAUUGACCCGGAUUCCGUCACAUGGAGGAGAGUGAUGGAUGUGAAUGACAGAUUCUUGAGAAAGAUUACUGUUGGCCAGGGACCAGAAGAAAAGGGGAUGACGAGGGAAACAGGAUUUGAUAUUUCAGUUGCUAGUGAAAUAAUGGCAGUUUUGGCCCUAACAACAUCUUUAGCUGAUAUGAGAGAGAGGCUUGGUAAAAUGGUGAUUGGAAAUAGCAAGGCUGGCGAUCCAGUAACUGCUGAUGAUCUUGGCGUCGGAGGUGCUUUGACUGUGCUAAUGAAGGAUGCCAUCAACCCCACUUUGAUGCAGACCCUCGAAGGAACUCCUGUUCUUGUUCACGCUGGCCCUUUUGCUAAUAUAGCUCAUGGAAAUUCUUCUAUUGUGGCUGACAGGAUUGCACUGAAGCUGGUGGGACCAGGUGGUUUUGUGGUCACUGAAGCAGGUUUUGGUGCUGAUAUUGGAACUGAGAAGUUCAUGAAUAUUAAGUGCCGAUAUAGUGGCUUAACUCCUCAGUGUGCUGUUAUUGUGGCAACAAUAAGAGCCUUGAAAAUGCAUGGUGGUGGGCCUGAAGUUGUUGCUGGGAAACCUCUUGACCGUGCCUACUUAAAUGAGAAUGUUGCUCUGGUUGAAGCUGGUUGUGUGAAUCUAGCCAGGCAUAUUUCAAACACGAAGGCAUACGGUGUGAAUGUUGUUGUAGCUGUGAACAUGUUUGCAACUGAUACCGAAGCAGAACUAAAUGCAGUAAAAAAUACGGCAUUGGCUGCUGGGGCAUAUGAUGCUGUGAUUUGUACUCACCAUGCCCAUGGUGGAAAAGGAGCGGUAGACCUUGGAAUUGCAGUUCAAAAAGCGUGUGAGAAUGUGGCACAGCCACUACAGUUCUUGUAUCCUCUGGAUAUUAGUAUUAAAGAGAAAAUAGAGGCAAUAGCGAAGUCCUAUGGUGCAAGUGGUGUUGAAUACUCAGAGCAGGCUGAGAAACAAAUUGAGAUGUAUAGCAAGCAAGGGUUUUCUGUUCUCCCUAUCUGCAUGGCCAAAACUCAGUAUUCAUUUUCGCACAUUGCUUCCGAGAAGGGAGCCCCAACUGGAUUCAUCUUACCAAUAAGGGAUGUCAGAGCUAGCAUUGGGGCUGGAUUCAUUUAUCCUUUAGUCGGAACUAUGAGCACAAUGCCAGGUCUCCCGACAAGGCCAUGCUUUUAUGAUAUUGAUAUCAACACUACAACUGGAAAGGUUGUUGGACUUUCUUAAGGUUCCGUGAAAGCUUUCCUAAGAUUGUAUUUUUCUCAAAAAUAUUCAUAGAGCAACAACUCAGGUGAGAGCUCCUCUCUCUACUGCUGUUGUUGCUUGAAUGUUCAGUUGUGCGCUAUGCACAUCUGUUUCAUGUCGUGUAACUAAGAAUUGAAGAUUGAACACAUCGAAAGAGAGAAUAGUACUUGUUUCAUCUUGCUGAUUCAAAUCGUUGGUGAAUAUUGUCCGACGAUAUUACAAUCUUUAGAUGAAGCUCAUGAAAAUUCAGUUUUAUGGCUUUUCUUUA